AUGACCGCUGUACCACAAGUUCCCGAUGCAUGGGAUGAUGAUUGGGAACCUCGAGCAGAUGCACUAGCAACCGAGUCUACCCCGCCGACCGAGAAGAAAGUCUCGUCCAAAGUCACCAAAGCACAGCGGAGGGCACAGCAAGCUGAAUUCAAUCGGCAACUAUGGGAGCAAGCUGAAACCCCGCAAACGUUUCACUUUGUCGAAGCUCGUUCCGACGUACCUCUCAAACAAGACAUCAAGCCCGCUGUCACACUUCUUAGCCGAAGACCACAGAUUGUGACCAGACAAUCGGCAAUUUCUGGCGUCGAUGGAGCAGCCGCUGGGCUAGGACAACUGGGCUUAGAUGGUGAUGAUGGCGAGUCAGACGACGAGGGAAAUAAACCCCCCGAGCCGACCUUCGAAGAGCGGCAGGCUAUAGCACUGAAGAACCGAGAGGAGAAGCAACGCAAGUACGAAGAAGCCCGGGAGCGGCUCUUUGGAAGCCCGUCUGCGAACAAUUCGGGGAAUUCGUCACCGGGGAGUACUACCCCGCCCCGACAGCAGUCCGGCGAGGGCAGAGGGAAAGGCAAAGGUCGAGGGGGUAGGGAUUAUCAGAAACGAGACUCGUCUGCGGCCUCGAGCAAAUCAAAACACCUCUACGAUCCAACCACUGCAGUCAGGUCGAAUGGACCACAUCUACAAAGGCGAGAUCACCCGGGCGAUCGGAGUGACUCCGAAAAGCCAAGUUCUCCCACUUCGCCUGCAUCACCUGCUCCGCAGCAGCCUACUCGUCAUCCCCGAGGCCCUGAUGCAAGUGAAAGAGGUGGCUUUAGAUUCAACAGAGGUGCGAGAGGGAGCUAA